AUGGUGGCCUAUGGUUCGCGCCGAAUCGCGCUGCUCUUCUUGCUCCUCUGCGGUGCAGCUGCCCGACAUGCUUCCGCCGGAGACGGCGCGCUGCUGAACGGCAACUUCGAGUACCCGCCCAACAGGUCCCAGAUGAACGGCACGACGGUGACGGGCGAGCACGCCAUCCCCUACUGGAGGAUCACCGGCCUCGUCGAGUACAUCGACUCCGGCAAGAGCCUGGGCCCCGGCGACAUGGUCCUGCCGGUGCCGGAGGGCGUGCACGCUCUGCGCCUCGGCAACGGCGCCUCCGUGCGGCAGCAGCUCAGCGUCACCCGCGGCGCCUACUACUCCGUCACCUUCAGCGCCUCACGCACCUGCGCGCAGGCCGAGUGGCUCAACCUCUCCGCGGUCCCCAUUGGCGGAGGCGAAGCCGCAACGCCGGCCAGCGACAUCCCCAUCCAGACCGUGUACAGCGCCAGCGGCUGGGAUUCCUACGCCUGGGCCUUCCGCGCCGAGCGGGGCAUCGUCACCUUUAUCAUCCACCACGGCGACGAGGGCGUGGACGACCCGGCCUGCGGCCCCAUCGUCGACGCUGUCGCCAUCAAGAAGCUCCGCGCGCCUAGCGACACCGGGGGCGGCGGCGGGAACUUGCUGAGGAACGGGGACUUCGAGGAGGGGCCCUACAUCAUCCCGGGGACGGCGUGCGGGGUGCUGGUGCCGCCCAUGGACGAAGACGACGUGUCGCCGCUGCCGGGCUGGAUGGUCAUGUCCUACUCCAAGGUGGCCAAGUACGUCGACGCCGCGCACUACGCGGUGCCGGGCGGCGCGCGGGCCGUGGAGCUGGUGGCCGGGUCGGAGGUGGCGCUGGUGCAGGAGGUGGACACCGUGCCGGGAGCGGCGUGCAGGAUGGAGUUCUCCGUCGGGGAUGCCCGGGACGGGUGCGUGGCGUGCGCGCCGGAGCUGCCGCCCAUGCGCGUGGUGGCGGCGGCCACGGGGGCGCAGGGGACGGUCACCGUCGAGUAUCCGUCCCGGGGCACGGGCGGGCACGUGCGCGGCAAGCUCGAGUUCACGGCGCAGGGGAACCGGACGAGAGUGGUGCUCUAUAGCUCGGGGUAUCAUACCAUGGCCGACACCACCGGCACGCUCUGUGGGCCCGUCGUCGACGACGUCUCGCUCGUUUGCGCUUGCAAGCCGCCGCCUACUCGCCGGCUGCUACGUCGCUAG